GUAUCCGUAUGUAGUUUUCUUUUUCUUCACACUCUCUGCUUUUGACCAUCAUUUCACCAUCAAUCACCAUGAAGUUCAGCAACAUCUUAAUCGGAAUUCUGAACUUCGUAACUCUAAUUAUGUCAAUACCAAUAUUAGUUUUGGGUGUAUGGGUAACCAAAAAUUAUCACUCAGAAUGCGAUACAUGGGCAGCAAAAUUCAUUAUUUCCCUCAGUGUUUUCCAGUUGGUGGUUUCUCUAACGGGUUUUAUAGGUGCUUGUUGUCGUGUCUCGUGGUUUCUCCGCUUCUAUCUCAUUGUCAUGCUUUUCCCCAUCAUUCUUGUCUUCUCUUUCACAAUCUUUGCAUUUGUUGUAACUAACAAAGGCGCCGGUGAAACUUUGCCGAAUAAAGGGUAUAAGGAGUAUAGGCUUGGUGGUUAUUCCAAUUGGUUGCAGAAUAGAGUUAACAAUAACAAUAAUUGGAAUACCAUUAAGAGUUGUUUUCAAUCUCAACAACUUUGCUCUAAUUUUUAUUACCAGUUUGCAAAUGACGCCGUUGAUAAAUUCUAA